AGUAGACGAAUCAAGCGUAAUUACAACAAUAAAUCAAAUUUUCAUUAUGAAAUACGAAUUAUAAAAAAAUUAUUGCAAUUGUCAUUAAGGCAAUUUCAAUUUUAAAAUCAUAAACAGUAUAUUUUUUUCAACACCAAUAAAUCUAUUAAUUGUAUGCAACUUGAUUAUUUUGAAUUGUAGAAUUUAUAUUUAUGUUGUUUUAAAUAUUUUAAUUAACUUAUUAAAGAAGUCGUGAUCGUUAAACUUUAAAGGAUGGGAAUGCUUUUUGGUAAACCCAAAGUCAGCCGAGUUACUCAUCAUGACCGUGCUGUCUUGCAAAUGAAGCAGCAGCGUGAUACAUUAAAGCGGUAUCAACAAAGAGUGGAAAUAUUACUAGAAAAAGAAAGAGAACUGGCUAAAAAAUUAAUUUCAGAAAAUAGGAGAGAACAAGCGAAACUCUUAUUGAGAAAAAAGAAAUAUCAGACGGAACAACUCGAACGUACCGAAGCAGCUUUGGAUACUGUUGAAAAGUUAAUUCAAGAUUUAGAAUACACUCAAAUCGAGUCUAAGGUUAUCGAAAGUCUGAAAAUUGGAAACAUGGCACUGAAAAAUGCCAAUGAAUUAUUAAACAUAGAACAUAUUGAACAACUGUUGGAUGAAACUAAAGAAGGAAUUGAAAAACAGAAAGAAAUAACCGAUUUGUUGAGUGGAGCUUUGUCAACCGAAGACGAAGACGCUGUUGAAGCAGAAUUGGAUGCAUUAACUUCAAAAGAACAUGAAAAAGUUAUCGACACGUUACCACACGUACCAUCAGAUGAAUUGCCAGUCGUUAAUCCAGAAACCAGUGUGGAAGAAAAAGAUACCACAAAGAAGAUUGCUUUAGAAGCUCAAUAAAAAGUUCACCAAAUAUGGUAGUCAUAAAAAAAAAAAAAUGAUAAUAUUUAAUUCUCUUCGUUAUAAUUUAUUGCAUUUUCUGUCUUAACUAUUUUCAUUAAGAUUUCAAUAACCUUGUAAAUAAUAUUUAAAAAAAACUAUUUGUAUUUAACUUAUAAUUGUUAAAGCUUUUUUUGAUGGAUUGCCAAAUUUUUUAGAAAUGC